UCCUUCAGUCCACAGUCCCAUUGGUCUCUCAGUCGAACGCCUCACUCCAUUCUCUCUUUCCUCUACAGCUCCUCAACGCAACAAAGUCUACUGCGAUAACAGAUUUCGCGACAUCUUUACACACGCUUCUCUUUUUCCACUCUCCAUCUCUGUCCCUUGAUCGGACUCGAUUCUCUUCUAUAUUCUUUCAAUUCCCUCUCCGGCCAUCCCUUCUUCUCCCGUUCUGCAAUGCUCCAAACGCCAUUGAUUUUGUUCUGCAGGAGUUAAUGUACGGACGCGCCCAGCCGCUGACCAUGGCCGACCAGAUCGCCUCCGGCCCCGACUGCGGCGACAGCGGCGACCACUUGGAUAAUCGCCUUGUUCGAUACGGAGCCCACUCUCUCGAUGACGGUGCUGGAGGAGUAGGCGGCAUCAUCGAAGAUCUCAACCCUGAUGCCGUUUAUGCUUCCGCCGGUGAUGGCUCAGACAUGGCUGUUCAACGCAGCGAUGGUUCGAGCCAGCUCACACUUUCAUUCCGUGGCCAAGUAUAUCUUUUCGAUGCAGUCUCUCCUGAGAAGGUACAGGCAGUAUUAUUGUUGUUGGGUGGUUGCGAACUAUCUUCUGGCCAGCAAGGUGUGGAUUUUGUAAAUCAGAACCAAAGGAACGCCGUGGACUUCCCCGGACGCGUUAGUCAACCGCAGAGGGCAGCCUCAUUAAAUCGGUUUCGGCAGAAAAGGAAGGAGCGAUGUUUUGACAAAAAAGUUAGAUAUAGCGUCCGUCAGGAGGUUGCUCUCAGGAUGCAACGCAACAAAGGACAGUUUACUUCUUCCAAGAAGCCUGAUGGUUCGUAUAGCCUUGGCAGUGUCUCAGAGUCGGGUCAAGAUGAAAAUCCACCAGAAACUACAUGCACAAAUUGUGGCAUAAGUUCAAUGGCUACCCCAAUGAUGCGGCGAGGACCAUCUGGGCCUAGAUCGCUUUGCAAUGCCUGUGGACUUUUUUGGGCAAACAGGGGCACGUUAAGGGAUCUUUCAAAGAGAAAUCCGGACCAUCCAGUGACUCCGGCCGAGCAGUGUGAAAGUGAUGCUGCCAAGGAGUUGGACUGCAGACGUGGCACCCAUCCACACAGCAAUCUGGCUUCUUUCUCUAAUGGUGAUAACUCUGCUUUAAUGGCUGAGCAUUAGAUUUAAGUUAGUUUAUUACAGAAAAAAGGCCGUCAUGGGCUGUUUCUGGCUUCAUUCAAUCAGACCCUCGUUUUGGUAAUUUUACAACGUGGGUUUUAGAAUGUACAGAUAUAGCAUAUCAAUGCCUUCUAUUAAAUACGAGGGAUAAAUAAUCUCCCCAUUAUGUCACCUUGAUACCUAUGAAGUAGUACAACUUGUUGCCCUUCUUUUUUCUC